AUGACAGCAGCAUGGCUCCUACCCAUUGUAGCCUGUAUUGUUGCAGCAGCUUCUGGUGGCGUUGUCGCGUCAGUGCUACCUGAGCCAAACCACGCCCUCCUAACCAUAGUCACCAGCUAUGUGCUGUGGGGUAUGGGCGUGCCACUGGCGCUCGUGGUUAUGGUGAUGUACUUCCACCGUCUCGCCAUCCAUAAUCUCCCAUCUCAGGAAGUAAUCGUCAGUGUCUUCCUGCCUCUUGGACCUAUGGGACAGGGCGGAUACGCCGCUUUGAAACUCGGAAUCCAAGCUUCAAAGACCUUUCCAGAGACGAACACGUUGCAUCCAAUGGCCGGCGAAGUUCUCUACGUCCUAGGUUGGAUGACUGCCAUCACGCUAUGGGGCUUUGGCUUGGUAUGGCUAUUCUUCGCAGUCGCGUCAAUCAGUCGGAGCAAGUUCCCUUUCAAUAUGGGCUGGUGGGGAUUUACCUUUCCCAUUGGCGUCUUCACGAUGUCGACCAUUACUAUUGGCCAAGAACUGCCAUCCGCGUUCUUCAGAGUUCUAGGUACGGUACUUGGUGUCAGCGUCAUACUUUUGUGGCUACUAGUCGCUAUCGGUACUAUGAAGAACAUGGUGUAUGGCAAUAUGUUCCAAGCGCCAUGCUUGCGCGAGAUGGAGAAGGAAGCAUGUGCAGCGUCUGCUGAAAUGCAACAGCAGGACGUGUGA